AUGGCCAGGAUCACCUUUAUUUCUGUUCUCAUCCUCUGGGCAGCCACACAGCAGGGAAGGGGAGCUGAAACUACAGAAAAAGGCCUCUCUUUGCUAGGGUACCACCUGUGCAACUACACCCUGACCAAAAGUGUGCUUAAAAUGGUUGCCUACCAAAAGUCCUAUGAGAAGAAGACAUCCUGUGGAGGGUGGAUCCCGUGGAUGGUGUGUCCCCAGACACACCACAGAACAGAGUUCCACAUUGAAGUCCCUGAAACCAUCACUGUCACAGAUUGUUGUGAAGGAUAUGAACAAGUUGGACUCUACUGCUCUCUAGGGAGGAUGUUCUGGUACAACGUGACAGUGCUUGUGAAAAUGGAGUUUAGUGAAUUGAUCCGGGUGGAUUCCCACCUUCUGAAUCAUUCCCGCCUCUUGCACUCCGUGAUCACUGGUGCAUUGCAGCCCCUGAAUGCCUCUGUGCACCACAUCCAGAGUAACCCUGGGGACAUCUACACUGGGACAGUGGCCUCCCAGCUUCUCCUGGGCAUGCAGCAUCCAGCUCCUCUGACAGAGGUUUCCUCCUCCCUGAAGGCCAUGGUGAAGCGCGUGUAUGAAGUGAUUGACACACAAGUGCAAGAUGUCAAUGAAUGCUCCUAUGCUGAAUUCAAUGCUUGCCCUGAGAAAAGCAGCUGUGUGAACCUGGAGGGUUAUUACAGCUGCCACCCCCAGCAUGGACAUGCCACUGUCAUCCCUCCCUGGCUGAGCCCAAGGAAGGAAGAUCCCUCUGCAGUCACAAACCAUCGAAUCCUCAGCGUCACCAGCAACAGCUUUGAAAUGUCCUGGCUUGUCAGUUCCACUCUGAACCACACGUUCCAUGUCGGGGUGGCCAAGGGCAAUGAAACUGUGCAAAGCCUGAAGACAGAGGAAAUGCAGGUGGAUGUGUCUCACCUGGAAGCAGGUGUGAUGUAUUCAGUAGAGAUCAGCUAUGAAGCUUGUGGAAAAACCAUUGUCUCCCGUCAAAAUGUUAAAACAGAGGCCAAGCUAUUUGAUGUUACUAUGAGGAUUCUCAACUACAACUUCACUGAUGAUUUCCAUAAUUCCAGCAGCUCAGCAUAUGAGGAAUUUUCAAGACUGUUGCUUACAGAGCUUGAAAAUUCAUUCCCACCCAACAUUUCUGCCUUGUACAAAUCUGGGAAGCUGAAAGUGCAGAUUGAAUCCCUGGCAGCAGGAAGCAUCAUUGUGAGGCUCAGAAUCACCGUGCAGGAUCCUGAGUUUCCAGUGGAUGCCUCCACAUUUGCCCCAGUGCUCUCCUACCUGCACAAUGGCUCUGUGCUUGGGGUGGAUCUGCAAAACUCUGCAGUGGAAGACUGGGAUGAAUGUGCUUCCCAAGCUGAGAAUGACUGCUCUGUGUUUGCAGAGUGCAUCAAUUUGAUGGGCUCUUACAUGUGCAGAUGCAAGACAACCAUGGAUACCAAUCCAUCCCGACCUGGAAGGAACUGUGAGGGUGAGAUUGUGGAUCCUCUCACCAAAACCAUGGCUCCUGAAAUAAAAACCAGCACGGACUUGGCUCCUGAGGAUGGCAGAAGCCCUGUGCAGAAAUCUCUGCCCCUGGAGGUGCUCCAGCAGAUGGAUGCUGGUCUGAUUAAAGUGCUGGUAACUGGUGUUACUAAUGGGAGCACAGUGGUAAGUUUCAAUUUGCUGCUUGCAGAAGAAGUGGAUGUCCACCAUGUCAUCACCACUUUUUGUGAGGCCUUGGAACACAGCUCCUACUUCACCCUGGACAGGAGCAGCCUCUCCAUACACGCACUUCCCUUCAGCCAGAAGGCAACAGUGACAGAUAAGAAACCUGUGAACAGCACAGUUAAACCUGUGAACAGCACAGUUUUACCUGUGACAUCUCUGCAAACUUCAGCUCAUGUCUCCUCCCCUGCUUCACUGGACUUCUCUCCUGCUGAGCACAAAGCUCUGGAGGACCCCAUGUUCUCCAGCACAGUGCUGAGUCCUCUCACCAUGGAUCCCAUGGCAACUCCUGAUGUUUCUCCUCGAGCAUCUCCAGCCCCCCUGGUCAAACCCGCCCAAGAGGUUUCCAUUAAAGACGCUGUGAGUGUGUUUUGUGAGGUUGAGAGGAUCAUCCUUGCCAUCCAGAGGAGGUUCUUGCAGCAGGAGUCUAUCCCAGAGAGUUCCCUGUUCCUGGGGGAGCCUGGCUGCAAUGUGAGCACCAGCAAUAGCACCCACGUUGUGCUGCAGGCGGGCUGGAGCGACUGCGGCACCAAGGUUGAGACCAACAUGACUACCACUGUGGUGAGAACCACCCUUCAGAAUGAUGUUUCUGCUCAGGGAAUAAUCCACCACUUGAACAUUGCCAGUCCCAUCCACUGUGUGUUUCAAAAUGAUGUCUUGACUUCCUCUGGCUUCACUGCAGAAGGACUUUACACCAUCUUGGAGGAUUUGCAUGGAUCUGGAUACUUCAGAACAGAAAUGCAGUUGUUCAUUGGGAACUCCCCAGUCCCCAGAAAUUUCAGUGUCUCUGCCAGUGAGGAUGUGCUGGUCGAGGUGGGGAUGCAGAGGGCAGACAGCCAGCUCAAGGUGGUUCUCACUGACUGCUGGGCCACUCCAACCAACAAUUCCAUGGAUUCCCUGGCAUUUGUUUUUAUCAGCAACAGCUGUCCCAUCCCAAAUACUUCCACCAUGCUGCUGGAAAAUGGGAAUUCAAGCAAAGCUCAGUUUAAGAUGAAAAUUUUUCCCUUUGUCAACCACUCUGUGGUUUACUUACACUGCAGAAUUCGUAUUUGUAUGGAGUCACCAGGAAGCACCUGCAGGACUAGGUGCCACGCAAGGGCUCGGCUCCUGAAGGCUGGAGAAACCAUCUCCCUGCACAGAACAUCCUGGGGACCCCUGUGUAAAUCAGCUGCAUCUGAUUCCAAGAGAGAGAAGGAGUCUGGAAUAGGAAUUGGAUACAUCAUCCUCAUAGCCCUUGCUGUGUUUGGUUUUGUGCUGGGAGUUGUGACCCUUCUCAUUUUCCAGUACCAGCGAAAGACAGGAAGAUGCAACCUCAGGAUCAAGUCUGACAACUUCAGCUACCAAGUGUUCUAUGAUUAGUGACUCACAGGUCACCACAUUGGAAUCAUGUCUCAUCACAUGGAGAACUGAAGUUUGUCUUCACUCAACAUUUGGCUUUCCUUGCUCGACACAUCACUGACUCUUUCAAAUUAUUGUAAUAUAUAAAAAGCUUCUAUAC